UGUCAAUGCAACGUACCAACCCUUGUGUUUCCAUUGGAUUCUAGACUACGUAGACACUGUCACGGGUACAUUGAGCGAUUUUACGUUGUCCAGAAGGGAAAAAACUCUGCGUUUUCUGCUUUUCCUGUGAAAUCUGCGUAUCUUUACAGGCACCAGUAAGGCUGUUGGCUAAACCAUCCCCACAAUGCAUCGGCCCACCCGGCUGAAGAUCACUGACGUCAACCCGCACCUCAUUUGCAUAUUAUGUGGCGGGUAUCUGAUUGAUGCAACUACGAUGAAUGAGUGUCUGCACUCGUACUGUAGAGCGUGUAUUGUCUCGUAUCUGAGACAGAGCCGACAAUGUCCAAUAUGUGACACGGUAGUGCAUAAGACACGACCACUGCUCAAUAUAAGGUCUGAUAAAACUCUCCAGAAUUUAGUCUAUAAGCUUGUUCCGAAUCUUUUCAAAGAUGAAAUGAAGAGAAGGCGAGAGUUCUACGCUAAGCAUCCUCAAGCAAGUACGAGUAUGCAGUCACCCAACGCCCGUGAAGAACGGGGCGAAGUGUGCGAUGACUCCCUGGUCAUCUAUACGAAAGACGAGUACAUCAGCUUGUCACUUGACUACUACUUUCCACAACCCCGGAAAGACACACCAACCAAACCACUGAAUAGCAACGGGGAGGGGAGCUCUGCUGCCCCGGGUAAACGUCCCAAUGGAGAUGCCAAUGGCUUACCUGUUGACGUUGUUGAGAAGAGGUAUCUACGAUGUCCCGCAGCUGUGUGCAUCAGUCACAUUAAGAAGUUCAUCCGGAAUAAAUUCGGCCUCUCUUCUGCCCACAGGGUUGAAGUAGUCCAUCAGAAUGGGGAGGACGAACCACUACGCAAUGACUACACACUGAUGGACAUAGCAUACAUCUACACAUGGCGAAGGAACGGUCCGCUACCCCUACUGUUUCGUGUGUUUGAGCCAGUAUCUAAACGACUCAAGCGCAGCCAGUCAGGUAACUCGUCGUCCUCUGAUUCCAUAGCGUGGAGAGACGUCGAGGAACCGAUCGCAGCGUUAUCAACCCAACCCAAGGAUGUCGGUACAAAGCCCAAAACUCCAUCACCUCUUGCGUGGACGGAAAGGAGUUCGAAAGUGUCCAAAUCGUCUGAAGACGUACGGGCCGCGUCAAAGGAGACGUCGAAACCGAGCAUGUCCUGGGCAGAAGCAGCUAUGGCGAUGUCUGGGAAAUCUCCACAGGGUAGAAGGGCGCCCUCACCGAAAGCAAGUUCGGCCCCGAGAACUGAACACGUACCGGCUGUUGACAAGCUCAAAAAGUCUUCCCAAGCAACACCGAGUCCCAAGCCUCAUUCAUCCCCUACCAUCAUCAUUGUGUCGUCUGCAAGGACGCCGCCUACGUCAGCGGAACCAGGUAUCGGCGUUCCAAAGGUGGCGUUCAACACGUUGGCACCUUUAAGGCCGGUCAUCACGGUACCAAAGUCCACCACUGUCUCUGUGAAGACAGUCGGUGUGACGUCAGCAGCACUGACGAAGUUGAGUGCACCUACACCACCAAAUGUGCUGCUGACGACACCAAAGUGGAAGGAGUUGCCGAAAGGAGAGAAGGGCGUCGUGUUGGUUAAUAAAGAGGCUGUUGUUCCUAAGGCCUUUACUCAAAUAAAAAGGACGAUUUCAGAAGGGAGCAAAUCCACCCAACCAACAGUGGAAAGAAAAAUCGCAGCUGAUCUACAGACAAAGGCAACAGGAUAUACUAUCGGGCAAACGGUGAAUGUGCAAGACCUAAAUAAGAACACCAUGGCUAUGAAAGUCAUCGCCCCACCCAUAAAAGUCACUGCCCAACCCAUAAAUGUAAUUAGCCAACCCAUCAAUUUAAUUGCCCCACCCAAAAAGGUUAUUGCUCAACCAACCAAUGUAAGUGCCCCGCCCAUAAAGGUAAUCGCCCAACCCUUAAAGGUAGUAACCCAACCCAUGAAUUUAACUGCCCCGCCCAUAAAAGUCAAUGCCCAACCCAGUAAUGUUAUUGCCCAACCCAUAAAUUUAACUGCCCAGCCCAUGAAGACAAAUAACCCUCCUGCAACUGAAAAUAUCACUCUUAAUGCCCCGCCCACGUUGGCUGAUGCCACGCCCAAAUUGACCGAUGCCACACCCAAAUUGGCUGAUGCCAUCCCCAAAUUGGCUGAUGCCAUCCCCAAAGAGACUUAUGACCCGCCUCCAAGGACCGAAACCACACCUGCAAAGACUGACGUCAGAAAUGUCAACACCCUGGCCACUGGAGAGAGUGAUUCAACCCCAGCAAAGACUGAUGCCACGCCCACAACUGUUGACGCCACGCCCAAAACUGCUAAUAGCACACACGAAGAGCCAAUGGAUGUGUCCGUUUGUGACAAUAUCGUGAUUGACAGACCCGUGUUGCUAACGUGAUCAAGAUAAUUACCAUAUUCUAUAUGAAUAUGCAUGAAGAGGUUUAUUAUGCAGAUGGGCUUUUAGUAAUGAUGAAUAAGGAAACAUGUAUUUUUUAGAAAGGAAACACAGUAUGAGUUUUGAAUCAACAACAAUUGUCUAUAGAUUUACAACGAAAUACGAAACAUUUUGAGAACAAUUUCAUUGAGAAUCUGAUCAAGAAUAAAUCAAGCUCUACUUUUACAAUUAUAAUCUACGAAGUGGAAAGUCUUGUCUGAUUUAUAAAUCAAAAGACAGGCCGAAAGAGUCACAUCAUGUGACUUGAGUGUUUUUUGUUGUAGGGUCUUUUCAGCGUUUUGACGCCGUAGAACUAAAACUGUCUGAAUUUACCAACAUCAAUAUUUCUAAUUGAUUCGGUGUUACGAGCAUUUGCCAUUGAAGCAGGUUCCAAAUAAGGGUCCAUUGUUGUUACUUGUGUAGUCAGAAUUCUUUUUAUGAUAAUAAUAUAAAUUGUCCCAAGUUGGAAUUUCAUUAUCUUCCUCCCCCACCCCCGUAACUCCAGUUGCAGUUCAAGGGUGUGCGACAUUGUAAGAUUGGAAGUUUCAUUGAUUUGCAUGUUGUAAACGCCGUGCAUGGUUUAAAACUUCCCUUAGUAUGAGUACGCAAUUCAAUUGAAAUGAUUAAGUUUUUGAGAAAUUAGUAAAACAGAUAGUUUUAAUCUUGCGAGUCAAAAACUUGAUGUUUGACUUCACUGAAAACAAAGAUUUUUUUCUUGGGUUAUUUUCUCGUGACUCCGCUGGCCAAUUGGGAAGGUUUGAUUAUGUCUUGCUUAUGUUGGGUUCAAUUUUCUUCCUCUAUGGUUCAACAUAGCCCAUGUAGGACUUUUCCUCUGCGCUGUACACAUAAUACGAAAGUGUAAGGCUGACAGGGCUAGGUUCAACAUAGAGUGUGGAUACCGGUCUUAGACAAAAUGUUGUCCGUGUGCUUUCUUUGAGUGGAGAUUGUUUGACAUCUGACCCUUAAUUCCUUAGGGUUUAAAAACCUUAAGAAUUAUAUCGAGUUUAAAAUGUUUCUAAUUGUGAGCUCAGCGUAUUAAUCAGUAGACCCCACUUGUUCAACUUCCCUUCUGAAAGACUGUUAAAUUUUAUUCAAUUUUGAAAGAGUACCACGCGCAGAGUUUGUGGAGGUAAACAUUUAAACUUGGAUUAUUUUAUGCAUAAGCUCAAUGUAUACGCAAUCAAGUUAACUUUUGUGAGGAUUAAAUUAAAACCAUAAAUGAAAGUCAUGUACAUGUAUAUUAUA